AUGGAUCGUCUGCAAAUUGCCCUCGACGCGCUUGACACGCUCCGCCUUCAGUAUGCACAACAGAGUGCUGCGCAAAGUGCCCUGAUAGAGAAACACAACGACCAACUUUCGUUUUUCCGCGACGUCGCCCGUGUGGCCGAGUUUGAGAGAGACAAUUUGCGGGACGCUGUUAUCGAACUGGCAGAGCGUGUCGAAUCGUCACAGAAAGACUUUUUCUCUCUCCCCAGACCGCGACUCUUUCUCCCACAAAUGCUCCAGCCAUUAAGUCCACCACCAGUUGUGCUUCCAAGCGAGACAGACAGUGACCUUUGGGCGUACGCUUCUGCUACGAUUGUGGCCCUUCGCUCUAAGCUGACGGCUGAGCAGCAAGCUCACGCCGAAACUCGACGUAUUACCAAAGCACAAAUAGCUAUUCUAGAGGCCCAGCUUGCCCGACGCGAAGCUGACUUGGCGGCAGCUGGGUUAUCCCUCAACCCAAGACAUCAUGCAGACGAGGAGAUUGCACAAACUGAGGCCAUUAACGUGAGGCUAGCUGCGGAGGUUGCUCAACUUGCAGCAAAAGUUGAGGAGAUGCAAGCAACAUCGUCAAGACCGCCAGUCGUCCCUCCAAUCGUUCUUCAACAUGAUCCAGAUCGCACCAUUCGCCCGAGGCAACGGGCAUCCUCUGCCCCUAGCUCGAAUUUUGCAUCUGACUUCGCCAAAGACAUUGAAACACUAGGCAGGCAAAUUGAAGAAUUCCGAAUCACCAGGGCACAAGUGGCCCAUAGCACACCCAAUCAUCCGGCUCGGCAUUCUCCUGUAACCGAAAAUAAUGACCAUAUUGCCCUUGAAAGGGAAAUCGCAGAGCUAGGAGCGCAAGUUGAUGCUCUAAGAGAUGAACGAGCUCUUUUAAGGGAACAAAUCCUAGCUUCCCCACCCAUCACCUCACCGGCCUCACCACCCACGGUUUCGCAACUCCGAUUCCCACGACCACCGACGCCAGGUCCGCGCCACACUCCCGAACUACCACCAGAAACUGGCAGUCCGUCAGAGAACGGAGAUAUUACGCGGCCCAAUUUACUAGAGUGGGACGGCGAACAGUCAAUGGAUCUUGCCACACCCCUUGUUCCCAGCCUAGUUCUACCAGACACAUUCGAGCCUAUUCCCCCUCCCGAUACUGCUGAAAACUCCAACUAUGCGCUAUUGCCAACAGCAGGCCCUUCGCCCAUCUUGGAGUAUGGUUCAAUUGAAUCCUGA